AUGACGACUCCGCGCGCAACGGAGGUCGAGAGCGGCUCCACGCCGGCUUCGGCCACAAAGGAGCUUCCAGGCGCUCAAGAAGGGACUGAGGGCUCCACACCGGCUCCCCCCCGCGCAACCCCGAAUCAGCCCGCGGCUCGAGAGCCGAGGACAAGGCCGGGCGAAGCGUCUUCCCUUUCAAACUCGUCUCCGGCGGUGGCGAAGGCUGCGCGGCCUUCCAGCGCUCAGUCGCCUUCCGCGACGCGCACUCCGGGGAGCCUCGCCCGAGACGGAGCGGCUGCGGGCCCCGCGAGGCAAACUUCCAGGGAGGCCGAGACGCCGCUUCAGGGCUCGACGGAGGGGGUGGUACGGCGCCUCAGACAAGACUCCGGACUCUCGCGAACGAGUAGCACAACGGCCGCCCGCCAUCCCUUCUCGGGCCGAGCGCAGUCCACGCCUGCAGCUGCGCACGCGAUUGAAGUUCGUGGAGAGCUGGUCGUGCAGAAUGUGGCCACGCUGGAGGAGCUGACGGCGUUGCUCGAAGACGAAAAUUCUCCCUUCUCGCUCCAGCUGCAAGACGUCGAACUCCGCGUGGGCCCGAACCAAGUCGCGCGCUUAGGCGCCGCAGUGCCUGCCUUGCAUGAGCACCUCCGAGCCAUCCAGAGAGAACAGGAAGAGAGCCUCGCUCAACAAAGAAGAGGCGCGGGCGCAGCAGAGGCGACGGCCCGCGGCGCGGCGAGUGUUCUAGGCGUGGGACGAGCGAGAGCGACGGGAGUCUCUGCCGCUUCUUCGGCUUUGAGGACCAACGUUGUUCUUCGGGGAGCCGUCGAAGGGCGAAGGAGCGCCGUCGCCCGCAGCCGGAUACCUUCAGCUGCGGCUGCCACGCGGUCGCCCAUCGCUGGAGCCGCAGGUCCAGGCGGAUCCAGUCGGGCAGCGCCGCCCCGGCGUGUGCUCGCCGGGUCGUCCCCGUCUCCGGGCUCCACGCUGCCUUCUGCCACGGAAGUCCGAGCGGCGCGGGCGCAAGCAGCUUCAGCCGAAGCUGGGUCUCUGGCGAAUGCUCAGGAGCAGUCCCAGUCGCUCCUGGCGAGGCUCUCUGAGGUGCAAAAGCAGGUCAAGUCGCUCCUGGCGACCGAAGGCGUGGUUUCUGGGGACGCGAAGAAGGGAAAGGAAGGGAAAGAAGGAGCUGAAGGGGCCAAGAAGGGCGCCGUUGGCGGGGACGGCACGCCGAGCCUCGGCAAGAAGCCGAACGGAAGGGCCAAGGACUUCAGCGCAGACAGCGUCGGCGUCAGCAGCAGCUCGAGGGUGCCGAGUUCCGCAGGUGGCGAACUCAGCGAUGUACCGGAGAAAACGCGGAGCGACAGUCUAGCGCAGACAGAGAAGGAGAAGGCAGAGAAGGAAAAGGCAGAGAAGGAGAAGGCAGAAAAGGAAAAGGCUGAGAAGGAGAAGGCAGAGAAGGAGAAGGCAGAGAAGGAAAAGGCUGAGAAGGAGAAGGCAGAGAAGGAGAAGGCUGAGAAGGAGAAGGCUGAGAAGGAGAAGGCAGAGAAGGAGAAGGCUGAGAAGGAGAAGGCUGAGAAGGAGAAGGCUGAGAAGGAAGGAGCACUCGCGCACGAGGACAAAGAAGAAGAAGUCCAACUGGAUACGUUGAAUACCUUUGUAGGAGCAAUCGGGAAUAUGUUCCGUGGGGUGUUCACUUCUGACGCAGUUGAUGAAACUGGAGACCAGGGUGAAGCACCGACGGUCGAGGACAUACCGACGCGAGAGGAACCGAAUGAAGUCGAAAAAGCAGAAGAAGAAAAGAAGGAACCGGAGGAGAAAGAAGAGGCAACGACGAGCUGGCCAUGGUGA